CUGCUCCGCCGCGGUCAUCGGAGGUCAUAGUUUCGUCUGCGCCUCGCACGCAACCUCCUCCCCCUCAGGUUCGCAAACAAGGCAACCUUCCCUGAGGAAAUUGUUUUUGGUGCGCCUUGCCAUACGCACUCGCGGCGAGCCGUUUUCUCAUCCAGCAGUUUACUCUCGUACAUAUUGCAAGCUAGGUCAUUUGGCAUUUUAAUCACGCAUUGGACGGUGAAGAGACUUGUCCGACUCGGAAAACGCCAACUCCAGUGAAUUUGACAAGGGUCCGGGAACGCCAUCGACGGUGUGGGCGCAGGAGCCUUUUUCUGGUGGCCCACUCAAUGCCGAGGUUUGCUGUAGAGACACUCGUGUGUGUACGAGUGCGAUGGCUCGUAUGACUGCCCAUUUAUGAAGGACCCUGUAACGAAUCAGACCCUGCCUUAUAGCGAGGACGAGAUUCCUGAGGUGUGCAAGACUAAGGAGAACUUGUACUUCAAAUGCCAGCGGCAACACAAAGUGAUUGUUCCUGGGUUCGAAGAGGAGGGAGGCGUGUGGGUCGACGCGUACAUUCAAGAAUGGGAGGUCUGCGACGGGAAGAAUGAUUGCCCUUUAGGGGAGGACGAAGGAGGCACCGCCACGUACAGUGAUGAUGAGGACCCUGCUAUGUGUGCGACCUACGAGUGCGUGCCUUUCUAUUGGAAGUGUACUGGAGGUACAGUGUGCGUUGACAGGAGCUUACUUUGCGAUGGCAAGAAUGACUGCCCGGUAACCGGUGCUACUGAUGGUCCAGCUGGUGCAACGCUUGGCACAAUCAAUGCGACUGAUGCUGCUGCAGAAGGCGCUGCAAGGACUACCACUGCUGGUUCAUCCGCCCAUGGCAGUUCGCGCACCCUCUUGACAUACGCAGCUGAUGAGGAUCCUUCCUUCUGCCGCUCAGAACCCUGUCCCUGGUCCAAGUACAGCAGGAUGAAGUGCCCCUCCACCGGUCAGUGCCUUGCUCUCGAAAAAUGGUGUGACGGGGUCAACGGCGAUUGCAUUGAUUACAGCAGCUUCAGUUACGGAAACAGCAGUGCUUCUAACAGAGCUGCUUAUAGUGAAGACGAGGAUCCGGAGGUGUGCCGGGCGUUUGACUGCGCAUCUGCAUUUAAGAAGUGUCCCAGCGGUGUGCAGUGCUUGGAACUUUCGCGGUUUUGUGACGGCACCGUUGACUGCCAGGUCGGUGCGGAGCCAUCAUCAUCAAAUGUCGCCACCACGUCAGCUGGUGGGGCUAGUGCAGCGGGAGGCAGCAGCCGCAGCAGCAGCAAGCAGUGGUUGCAUGAGGAGGAGUAUGGUUUUUGUGAGAGUUGGGAAUGCCGUCUCUAUUGGAACGACAGACAUGAAUGUGACCACAACCCAUACUGUGUCAACACGACCUUGGGUACAGACUUGGUGCAGCGCACAUGCACGGCACUCGAUGAAUGGGCGAAGAUCCAGAAAGAUGCCGCUGAUGCUGCUGCUGCAGCCGCUGCUGCCGCUGAUGCUGAUAAUGAUGAGAAGAAAACAUACAAUUCCGCUGGAACAAGUGGUGACUCCACUGCGUCCAGUAGUAACUCUGAUGCAGCAAGUGAUGACUCCACUGCUGCCAGUAGUAACCCUGUUGCAGCUAGUGAUGACUCCACUGCUGCCAGUGGUAACCCUAUUGCAGUUAGUGGUGGCUCCACCGCUAAGGAAGAGGUGGAAAAGGAGGCAGCAGAGAAUAAGCGGAAGCAAGAGGCCAAAACAGAGGCAGCAGAGAAGAAAAAGCAGAAGGAAGAGGCAAAAAAGGUGGCAUCAGAGAAGAAAAGGCAGAAGGAAGAGGUGAAGAAGGUGGCAGCAGAGAAGAAAAGGCUGAAGGAAGAGGCCAAGAAAGAGGCAGCAGAGAAGAAAGGGCUGAAGGAAGAGGCCAAGAAAGAGGCAGCAGAGAAGAAAAAGCAGAAGGAAGAUGAGAAGAAGGCGAGGGAGGCAAAGGAGAAGGCGAAAAGGGAGAAAGCUGAGAAAGCUAGGAAGAACCUUAGAUAGGCUUGUACUAAUAGCCCAAUGCUUCUACAUUCGCUCUAUAUUGUUUGUAAUGUUGUGAGUCGUUCUGAGGAGUGUAU